AUGGCGGCUGGAGGAAGCGAGCUUAGCCAAAUGUCUUGUGAAGAUUUUCGAGAAUUUAAGGUAAUUAAGGUGCUCUUACUUUGUCUAGGCAUAAAUAAAGCUGUUAGACGUCGAAACAUUUCGUAUGAUUCAGGAACACUACCAUAAAUUAUAACGAUUAAUUGAAGGGUCAUCAAUAUAGUGGAAUUUUUAAUAGCUACAAUGGUCGUCAAAUUUCGUUGAUACGCUAGACAAAAGCUGAGGAUUUUUGUUGUUAUACCUUAUUAACCGACUUAUAUAAUUUCUCGGUGUAUGCUCCUUCUUUCCUUCAGUGUUGAGAUUCACGCAAUGUACUGGGUAAUGCGCUAAUCAACAUUGUGGAAGCUGGCUAAUGUGAACGAAAUGUCACUGACAGGCUGUUCUCCUGUGCUUUUGACCUUUUCUUCUUACCCCUAAAGAAUUAAAUAAAAUUAUAUCCAGCUGAAGACCCCUCAAAAAUGUAGGUUCUAGCCCCCAAAAUUUUACUUUUUUUGACCCGAAAAAGUUUCACCAAUCCUUGACUCAGCAGGUUUGCAAAUUACAUGCAACAGCCAAGUGUGACUUUCACCUGUGCACAUAGCUGCAGUAGGUGCACAAGUGUAUAAGGAACUACUGUGGUAACCAUGUUUAUGUAAACUUAAGUAUUUCUUCUAAAAAGGUACUGAUUAAACAAGACUUUACCACAUAAAUACUUAAGACAUCUACUGAUUAUGAAUUCUGGGAGAGGUUUAUUCAUGGAUCCAUUUAAAAAGCAAUGGGUUGAACUAGAAAAUUCAGAAAGUGUUGGGGGAGAAGUUUAAGGACGGCAGCAGUCAUAGGAAGUAUUUGUUCUUGAAAGAAUUCUUUGAGCAUUUGUGUCAAGAAAUGAAAGCUCUGGAAGACAGAAUUCUUUAGAAGUUAAACAACAUUUCUGACAAAAAGGGUGGGGCACUGCCCCUCAGCCUCUUUUUCAAUCUGCCCAUGAAAAUAUGAUCACAAUUCAUGGAGUCAAUUUUUAUUUUCACUUUUAAAGAUGUUACAGGUGUUUACAUGUAUUUAAAAGCUACCACUACAUCUGCUCCAAAACUUAAUACAGCUUUGCUAUUCUCUGAAUUUAUGUCUUUGUUAUUUGCUUGCAGGAAGCUUUAAAGGUUCUUCGCCUUCUUGAUGACAAAAUAAUCUAUGAAUUAAAUAAAAGUGUUCCCACUGCCUCUUUUGCUGGGGAAAUCAGUGCAAAGCAGAAAUGCAAUGAACUAUACAAUGAGGUAUACAGUAAUAUGACGUACAUAAAUAUGUAUCAGCUAUUUGAAGAAAAAAGGAUCACGUAACUGUUUUGGAUUAAAAAAUUUAUUGGAGAGAGGAAUCAGAAAAAUUUUAACCCUUGUAAAGCUUUAAUUUGCAUCUUACAUUUUUGGCAAAAAAUAGUGAAGCCCUUGUUAUUUCAAAAGACUCAAGUUUCCCUAAGAUGACUUCAGGAACAGAUACUAACCUCUUAGAGCUGUUUCGAACAGAUUUCUACAGGUGUACCGUAAAAGUACUCUGGAUAGCCUAAAAAGUGUCUUCAAUGUAUUUCGGAGGAGUCUGUAGUUGGUUGCCUCUAAGUGGUGCUUUGGUUAUAUUACAGCUGCUGACUGCCUAUCAAACAAGAGAUCAAGCAAUAAAGAAGUGCAUAAAUACAGUCAAUGAAAAUGUCCAGCAGCUUAGGAAAAGAAAAGAAAAGAAUCAAGAUGACAUACAAGCAAUGAAAGACCUUGGGAAAGAACAAACAAAGGUAAAACUCUCACCAUUUCUAUGAACAUAUUUUCUCCAAUAAAUUCCCACAAAUUCCUUCAAACAAGCAAGGGACCCUAUGAAAGCAGCCUCCUUCUGUCGCCUCACUUUUUAAGAGUAAACUGAAGACAUCAUUGAAAGCCUCUUUGGUGCUUUUUAUUGUUUGACUUCCCUGAUUUGAACACAACUGAACAUUUUGUUUUUCCAUUAAGUUUGAGUUAUCCCCAUAUCUAUGUACAUGCAGAGCCCUUAAAAUUAUGUUUAAGAUAUUUUAUUUUUAUUUUUGCAUAAAUAUUUCAGUCCUUUUAAGUGUAUAUGACACAAAUUUAAGAAUUCAAAAAUUCUUAAAUUAUAUGGGUAAAAUAUGUAACCAAAAUUCAGACUCAUCAAAAAUCUUUCAAAACCUUUUCUUUUUCGUCUUCAAAACACACAAAUUUCCCUCCAAAAAUGUCCUCCCUAAAGCAUUGCCAAAUUGACAAGUGUGAUGUAAAUUGAUUACUGUAAGAAUGGGGUGCCCAGGAUUUCAAGCGGCAGGGAUGAUCAAAGGAUUUUUUUGGUUUGAAUUUUUGAUGCCAGGAUUUUUGGGGUAGAAAUAUUUGGCGAGUAUUUUUUGAGUAUUCAAAAUAAUUUGAAGAUUUGUGUUAGUGCCUGGGUAUCCCAGCCUUGUAGUUCUGCUAAUAAUGAAGUACAACCAAACUUGUUUGGUUUUUGGAAAUUUUUAAGGCUAGGAAAUUUGGUAUGGGUUUUUUUUGUGGGGUGGGGUGGCUAAUUUUUGGUCCAUGUCCAGAUCUAUUUUGGUUUUGAUUUUUGCCCCCAUUCAAUCAUCCCCAUCACUUGAAAUCUGUCCUGUAUUCCUCUGGGAGAAUAAUUGGAUCAAUUGAGGUUUCUAGGUGACUGACCACCUAUCCUCCCCGAAGUCACAAUUUUGCCCUAAGUGAGGGAGAGGUACAGUCGAAACUCUUUAACAAGGACACCAAAGGGACAGAGCGAUGUGUCCGUAUUAGAGAGGUGUCCGUAUAAAAGAGGUCACUACGAUGACGUCAUUUUUAUGACUCCACUUACAGUGUUAAGUGUUCAGUAGCUAAAACCAGGCUUACAGUUGUCUUUAAACUGCAUUUAAGUUUAUUAAUUCACAGUACAAAGACACUGUCUUUCAGUAGCAUACAACUUUGUAUAUAUCAAGACGAGUUACAGUGAAUGCUGCCUGUAAAAAGUUGUAAUGUCAAGCACAACUCUGAAAGCAUCUUUCGCUAUUUUGCAAGUGCACUAAACAGUAACUAGAGUACAAAAUGUAAUAGAAAAGAUCUUUAUGCUAUCUGUAGUUAUUGAAGCCUGAAAAAAGUCGGUUAUGUUUCUCUGCACACCUUUUGCAAAUUGUUUUUUGCUAUACAGCGACGGGCUUUUGAAGUCACCUUGCAUGGCUCAUCAGCCAGACAAGAUUCACCCUUUGUAGAUUCACCUGAUCGGGAUUCGGGAUUCACCUGACCACCACAGUGUUUGUAAUAAAGUGGUCAAGUUCUUCUGAAUUUACUCUCUAGGACCGAGAUUUAGUGUCCUUUGUCUGUAUCAGAGAGAGCCCAUAUCAUAGAGGGUUUUUUUUUUAAAGAAAAUUCAUGAGAAUUUUGUCGGGACAGUGGAAACUGUCCGUAAUAUAGAGGUGUCUGUACUGAGAAGUUCAACUGUACAUGUAAGUGCUAAUGUUGACUUAGAUGUAGGGGAGGGGUAGGUGGUCAGUUACCCAGAAACCUUAAAUGAUCUGAAUAAUUAACAAGAUGGCGUAAAAUGCGAGACUGGUCAGAAGAGACCAUACAAUGUAGAUGGGUGGGUUGAGAUACAUGUAAGUAGAGGAGGGUGGGCAAACAAAGUAAGGGGUGCACGAAAGACAUGGGAUGGGAGAGGCAAACCGGGUGAGGAACACCAAAAACCUGGGAGGGGAGGGGCAAACAGAGUGAGGGGCACCAAAGACAUGGGAUGGGAGAGACAAACAGGGUAAGGAACACCAAAAACAUGGGAGGGGAGGGGCAAACAGAGUGAGGGACACCAAAGACAUGGGAUGGGAGAGGCAAACUGGGUGAGGAACACCAAAAACAUGAGAGGGGAGAGGCAAACAGAGUGAGGGGCACCAAAGACAUGGGAUGGGAGAGGCAAACAGGGUAAGGAACACCAAAAACAUGGGAGGGGAGGGGCAAACAGAGUGAGGGGCACCAAAGACAUGGGAUGGGAGAGGCAAACUGGGUGAGGAACACCAAAAACAUGGGAGGGGAGGGGCAAACAGAGUGAGGGGCACCAAAGACAUGGGAUGGGAGAGGCAAACCGGGUGAGGAACACCAAAAACAUGGGAGGGGAGGGGCAAACAGAGUGAGGGGCACCAAAGACGUGGGAUGGGAGAGGCAAACCGGGUGAGGAACACCAAAAACAUGAGAGGGGAGGGGCAAACAGAGUGAGGGGCACCAAAGACAUGGGAUGGGAGAGGCAGACAGGGUAAGGAACUCCAAAAACAUGAGAGGGGAGGGGCAAACAGAGUGAGGGGCACCAAAGACGUGGGAUGGGAGAGGCAAACCGGGUGAGGAACACCAAAAACAUGAGAGGGGAGGGGCAAACAGAGUGAGGGGCACCAAAGACAUGGGAUGGGAGAGGCAGACAGGGUAAGGAACACCAAAAACAUGAGAGGGGAGGGGCAAACAGAGUAAGGGGCACCAAAGACAUGGGAUGGGAGAGGCAAACAGGGUAAGGAACACCAAAAACAUGAGAGGGGAGGGGCAAACAGAGUAAGGGGCACCAAAGACAUGGGAUGGGAGAGGCAAACAGGGUAAGGAACUCCAAAAACAUGAGAGGGGAGGGGCAAACAGAGUAAGGGGCACCAAAGACAUGGGAUGGGAGAGGCAAACAGGGUGAGAAACACCAAAGACAUGGGAGGGGAGGGGCAAACAGAGUAAGGAACUCCAAAAACAUGAGAGGGGAGGGGCAAACAGAGUAAGGGGCACCAAAGACAUGGGAUUGGAGGGGCAAACAGGGUGAGAAACACCAAAUACGGGAGGGGAGGGGCAAACAGAGUAAGGAACACAGUUGACAUGACCAGGAAGGGUGGGGCGGUCCAGGCUUGUGUGGAGUUUUGCGGGCAGACAUGAAUGAACACUGUACACAGAAAUAUUAUACAACCAUUUUCUCUUUCUCUUUUGUUUUACAGCUUCGGUUAAUGCGGUCAGAGCUUAGUGUAGAAGAGGUUAUAAAACAACGUACUCUAAAGGUAAAGUUCUAAUAGUAGUAUUAGAGGCAAAAUAAUAAUAUCAUGUCAUAGGGAAAGCGCUUUUGAUGAACAAGAUAGCUGGCUUGUGUUUGGCAGCAGUUAUGUUCAAGAGAGCUGUUAGUGUGGGAAGUACUGCAUACUAGUCUUGUUCUCCCAUACUUUUGUAGGGGAGCUUGGUGCAAAUUUGUCAGUUAUCUCAUCAAUUGUUCUUUAAUUUGCAGGUUUUCAAUGAGAGAUGCUGGAAGUCAUUCAAACCACCACAAUAACAAAAGUUUUUAUCUAAUUACUUAGGCAAACUUUAUUUGAAUUCAGUUAUUCCAUUACUUUUGUUAGUUACCUGUGUUCCUCAAUGAAACUUUGGAACUCUUUAGAAAAGGUUAAUUAACUUUCUUCGUUUGGGUUUUUAAUGUGAGGAAAAAUGCCCUUGUGGCAGUGGUAGGGAGUUUUGAAGUCUUUUUAGCUCUUGGCACACCAUCUAUUGACAACGCUCCGGUUGUUCAAACACUGGAUAGCGCUAUCCACCAGGUCGUGAUUGAUCAAACAUUAGAUAGCGCUAUCCACUGGAUAAAUCACUAUCCAGCGGAUAAGUAAUACGAAAAUUAGUAAUGGUAACCGGACUGAGUGGAGUCCAAUUCGGUCUGUAAUCACACGAGUGAUGAACAAAAUCGAACGACCACGUAGCGGGAGUCCGAUUGGUUUAAUCACGAGUAUGAUUACAGACCGAAUUGGACGACACGAAGUUCUGUUACCAAUUAAUCAUAACUUUAAAAAAAAUUGUGAUAUAAUAGGCCAUUAUUAAACCAAAAGACAAGAAAUUCGAAAUUUUGUUUUGCUAGCAGUGAAAAAAAAAAGCCAUUUAAGCGCGCGCGUGAUGGCGCGUACUGUUCAAUUACUUAGGCAUGGCACGUACUGUCCUAUUAAACUGUCCAAUUAAGGCUGAAAUCAGGGCAGUUGAUAGCCAAUAAGAGUUGACAAUUUUGUUAUAGUUAUGAUUAGAAAAUUAAUUGCAUUAUUCACUGGAAAGAGAUUUACCCAGUGGAUAGCGCUAUCCACUUUUUGAACAACUGGGGCCAGAUAAAUUACCAUCCACCAGAUAAACAUUAGGGAAACCAAUUACCCUAUCCACUGGAUAGAGAUUUAUCCAGUCGACAGCAUUAUUCACCUUUCGAACAACUGGGCCCAGAUGUACACUGUAUCCUAUGUACAUAGAAAAUACGUUGGCAUCAAGGCAUGCUUUAAGUCGUUUGAAUAACGCUAAAUCCCUCAGUUUGUCACUUAGUACACACACUGAUUUGGUCACUGGUAAUUCUACUUUUAAUCAGCAAAAGUUUAGUAUGGUAAUUAGUUUUGUAAAUUGGCUGAGAUGAAAUAUUUUUGUUUAUAACUCUUAAGCGUUGGUUAGAAUUUUCUAAACGAGGUACGGUGGUACCGGUGGAGAGAUCUAUCCUUGCUGAUGUUGUUGCUCAUACCAAUUUAAUAGCUCAAACUGAAAGUUAAUGGGUUCAGGAAGGAAAAUAUGCAUCUGGAACGAAAACGACAAAGCGGUCGUCAAAGGGUUAAUGUUUCUAUCAAUGCUGGAUUAUUAUUAUUCGGUACAUCACUACAUUAGUUAUGUAUGGUAAUGUCAUCUCCAUCAUCACGCACUUUUUUUGUAAUAAUUUUUAUGUUGAAGCUAACUUUCGUGGGUUUAAAUUCACCAAAUCCUAUGUAAAUUACUUGUACAGAAGAAAAUGGUCUGUUGUUUAUACAAGAGAGUCGAUUAUGGUACUUUAAAAGGUCACUGAUUUUUAAAGAGUAAUUUGAAAAUAAAAUUAACCAUUCU